AUGAUGAAAGCUGAGGGACCCGAAGAGCACCCAGACGAGGCCUUUCGCGAGGCUUGGGUGUCUUCUUUGUACGAGGCUCAGUCUUCGAUCUGCAGCGCGGUGGAGGAGCUGGAGGCGAGUUUCGCGGCCGAGCAGCAGCAGCAGCAGCAGCAGCAGGAUGAGGACGCGGGGCCCCGCGUCUGCGCGAAGAAGUUUGAAAACACCCGCUGGGAGAGGGGCCCCGGCCAGGGCGGAGGGCUGACGAGGGUUUUCCAAGAAGGUGCAGUUUUUUGCAAAGCUGCUGUCAACCAAAGAGUGGACCCGGCGUCUCUGUUUGAGGCGCCGGUGAUAAAGACAGAAGCAAAUCCGAAGCAGCGGCUGGCGAAGCACUUGCAAGAAGAGGCUCGGGGCUGCAUGCACUUGGUGCUGUGGCUCGACUGCGACAGAGAAGGCGAAAACAUUUGCUUCGAAGUCCUCGACCUCUGCAAGGCCCACCUCGUGAAGCCCCCCAACAAACAGCAGCAGCAAAUAUGGCGCGCCCACUUCUCCGCUUUAGCACCUACAGAUAUCCAGAAGGCCAUGAAGCAGCUGGGCUCUCCCAAUAAGGACGAGAGCGACGCUGUGGAUGCGCGGCAAGAGCUGGACUUGAAAAUCGGCGUCGCCUUCACCCGCUUCCAGACGCAGUACUUCCAGGGCAAGUACGGAGACCUGGACUCUUCUUUAAUAUCUUACGGGCCCUGCCAGACGCCGACGCUGCAGCUGUGCGUACACCGCAGCGACACCAUCCAGGCCUUUAGGCCGGAGGAAUAUUACCAGAUUCAGCCAAUUGUCCGAGUUGGGGAGCAGGAGUUGACGCUCGAGUGGGCCAGAGGUCAAGUUUUUGACCGCGUGGUGGCCCAGAUGUUUCACUUUAUAGUGCAGUCCGCCACCUUCGCCGUCGUCAGCACCACCAAACAAACUGAAGAAGUUCUUCCGAUGCCUCAGGCCCUCAACACUGUGGCGCUGCUUAAGGCCGCCAGCCAGCGCCUGGGACUGGGGCCCCAGCACGCGAUGCAGGUGGCGGAGCGUCUGUAUCUUGGGGGCUUCAUAACUUAUCCUCGCACAGAGACAUGCACUUACCCUCCCUCUUUCGACCUCAAGGGCACAGUGGCCAUGCAAGCAGCAAAUCCCUACUGGGGAACCGACGCCCAGCAGAUCCUGCAACGGGGCCUGGCGAAGCCGCGGGCGGGGACGGACGCGGGGGACCAUCCGCCGAUAACUCCAGUGCGGAGCGCGACGGAAGGCGAAGUGGGGGGCGGGGACGCGUGGGCUGUUUACGAGCUGGUGUGUCGCAGCUUUUUGGCCUCAGUGGCUGGAAACUGCAGGUUCAAGAAGACCACGAUUUGCUUCCAAGUCCACGGCGAGGCCUUCGCUGCCAGCGCCAAAGUUUGCCUCGACCCCGGCUUUACCACUGUCUUGAGACAAACGGAAAUCCGAGACUCCAGGCUCCCUCCCCUCAGCGCCGGAGACAAAGUCCCACUCCAGAGCGUCUCUAUCGUGGAGCGACUGACUUCCCCGCCCCCAUAUUUGUCGGAGUCGGAUUUGCUGGGGCUUCUUGAGCGCCACCGAAUCGGCACAGACGCCUCCAUGGCGACGCACAUUAACAACAUUUGCGAAAGAAACUAUGUUUCGCUUGUUUCUGGCCGCCGCCUAGAGCCCACCAAGCUGGGCAUUUGCCUCGUCCACGGCCUCAUGGCAAUUGACGCAGAGUUGGUUCUUCCCUUCGUGCGCGCCUCCAUAGAGCAGCUGGUCGACGUCAUUGCCAAGGGAAAAGCCCCCAGGGAGGCGGUGGUGCAGCACUCGCUGAAGAUAUUUAAGGCCAAGUUUUGCUACUUCGUCAACAAAGUUGAGAGAAUGGACGCUUUAUUCGACGUCACCUUCACCGCUUUGUCGGCCACAGGCAACCCGCUGUCCCGCUGCGGGCGCUGCAACCGCUACAUGAACUUCAUAGCCCGGAGGCCCUCGCGUUUGCACUGCCGCACGUGCGACCUCACUCUCGACGUCCCGCAGACAGGCACCAUCAAGCUUUACAAGGAGCUGAAGUGCCCACUGGACGGCUACGAGUUGCUGCUUUCUGUCAACACGGGGGGCAAGGCCUUCCCCUUUUGUCCUCUCUGUUACAACGACCCACCCUUUGACACUGAGGGAGCGAAAGUCAUGACCUGCGUGGACUGCCAGCACCCCUCUUGUCGCCAUUCAAUAAAUGCUGUGGGAGUUAUGCGCUGCCCUCAAGAGCACUGCGACGGUUUGCUUUACCUCAACCCGGUGUCGCAGCCUCGCUGGCGCCUCGACUGUACGGUCUGCAGAUUUGAGCUCCUUCUAUUUGAAGGCGCAUUUAAAGUCACAGUGACGGAUGAGGAAUGCGCCGAAUGCGGCAGCAUGCUGCUCGACGUCACCUUCUCAAAGUCCAACCCUCUCAAGGACGGCUCUACCGAGCGCAAAGGCUGUGUGGUGUGCGACCCUGUGCUGAACGAAUUCGUGUCGAGCAGGUUAGGCAACGUUGCAAGACGCAGAGGAGGCAAUUUCAGAGGGAGGGGCCGCAGGGGUCGCGGCAGAGGCCGCAAGCCUCCCGUAGACCCCAAGCUCAGCUUCGACCGCUUCUAA